AUGACCCCCAAGCAGCAGGACGAGGCGGCCGAUCCCCCGUCCGACGGCCCGCAUCUGCUCUUCAUCAAUACCACCGGCUCAGCACGCGGCCGGCCCCGGGACGCAAAGACAAAGCGCCAGAUCCGGCAGCACGUCAUGCGGGACAUCGGCAAGGCGCGCCGGAAGCCGCCGCGGAACCCGCAGGUCAAGCUGCGCCCCCUUCACCCUCUCCCCCCUCUCACCCGUCCCUUCUGGGACCAACACCCUCUCGCCAUCCUAGAGGCGACCUGGGCAAUGGACGCCUUUGCGGCCUAUGGUCUGGCCCUGGCCGUCUCUUGGAACCUGUCCGCCAAGAAUUCGUGCAAAUCCCACUUCUGGUUCCCCUUCGCCUUCAAAGCCUCCAACUUCUGCCGCAGCUACCUCACCGGGCCCGAAGUCCGCACCGCCAUCCACGCCCAGCCCACGGAGCGGAACAUGAUCUUUGCCCUGGCCCGCUCCACCGAGAACGUGUCGUGCAUCGAGAUGAAGCUGCGGGAUCCCGACAUCAACAUUGCCACGGCAGACAAUGUGAUUCGCGCCGUGGUGGGCUGUAUUUGCUACAAUUACAUCAUUGGCGACUUGGCUCAAGCUCGUGUCCAUCUCGAUGGCCUCAAGCUCUUGAUCUCCAUGAGGGGCGGCAUCGAGAGUCUCUCCGACAACCAAGAAACCAUCUUGAUGCUAUUCUGGAUCGACACCAUAUCCUCCCUCCUCUUCGACCAAAAGCCCCGCUUCCCAAUGCCAUCCACGCUCCUCCCCCCCAUCACCCCCCAUCACCACCACUCCCACGAAAUCCUCACCCCGUUACCCUACCACCUCAUCAGCCUCUGCCCCAGCCACGAGGCCCACCACCUCGGCGUCGUCUCCGCCCUCCGCGACAUCGGCAGCCUCACGGAAGUCAUCCAGUCCAAUCUCGACGCCUGGGGCGACGACCUCUGGAAGGAGGAAGUCUUCCUCGGCACCCGCCUCAACCCCAUCGCCUACCGCCUGCUCGACUCGCCGCCCCAUCCGCACGCGGACAGCACGGACCUGCCCUGCUGCUUCACCGAGGCUCUUCGUCUGGGUGUGCUCCUCUGGAUCCUCGGCGUUAAGCAGAAGGCGCAGGCUUUUCCGGGAUCGCCGGCCUUGUACGUCAACCGUCUGCUGCACCUCCUGCGAAGCCAGAGCGUCAAGAACCUCAUCUCCACAACACCCUACUUUAUCCCCUUCCAGCUCUGGCUCCUGCUUCUCUGCGCAACCAUGUCGGAACUCGCCUCUGAAAGGAUCUCUUCCCUCGAAAUGGUUGCGAAUAUGAUGAGUGAGUAUGACUGGGCGUGGGAGCAGGUCAUGGCAAACGUAAAGCAGCUCCCAUGGAUAAGCGGGUUCGAGGCUCGUGUCCCUUCUCUGUCCAGCGAGGUCGAGCUGUUACGACGCACGGUAUGA